AUGAAAAUUAAAUCAAAUGAAAGUAAGAUCCAAAUAAAGAAAGAAGAAAAAGAUGAAAACAAAAUAAAUGGAAUAAAGAGAACAAGCAAUGUAAAUAAUAAAAUAAAACAACAUGUUAUGAAGAAGGAAGGAAAUGAUAUCAGCAAGAAGAAAAAAAAAAAAAAAAAGAAAAAGAAAAAAAAGAUGAAAAAUAAGAUAAAGAAUGAAGAAAAAAACAAUAAUACAAACAACAUCAAGAAAAGAAAACAAAAAAAUAUAUGUGACACUACAAAUAAUAUAUGCACAAGAAAGAGUGUAAGCACGAAUAAUCAAUCUAUAGAAAAUAAUAAUGAAUAUCAAUUUAAUGAUGAUGAUGAUAUAGUUGUAGAUUUUGAACUUAUUGAUCCGGAGGAAAUAUACAAAGAGAAUAUACAUAUCUUAUUAAAAGGUAGCGAAUUGUUUUAUAAUAUUACAUGUUUUGAUAAGUUAAUAAAUAUUAUAUGUGAACAACAAAAUAUUGGGAAACUCAUAAGUGUAUCAAAUGAAAAGGAUAAUAUUAUAUCUUUUAUGACAAUAAUUAAUAUUAAUCAAUAUGAUGAAAUAAAAAACUUGAAAGAAUUUCUUAUAAACAAAAUUAACAAAAUGAACAAUAAUAAUAAUGAUAAUAAUAAUAAUGUACAAGAAUUUAAAAACAUUUUGUUAAAUAAUAAUAAGCAUGUAGGUUUAGUUAUUACUAAUAGAAUUAUUAAUUGCCCCAUUAAAUUAAUACCUUUGUUAUAUGAAAAUGUUUAUGAAGAUAUACUAUGGUCACAACAAAUUGAAGAUAUUGAUCCGGAAGAAAAAAAAUUUUAUUUUUUUGAUUACUUACUUUUUUAUACGAAAGCAUACAAACAAAAUGUAAAUGAUGAUUUGAUUUUUUCUAAUUAUGAAGAGCAGUAUUUUUUUCAUAAAAGUAUUCAUUAUGUUAUGUGGAACAAUAACAAUAUAAAGAAAUUUUUUGAAAUACAAAAAGACGAAAAAAAGGAACUCGCGUGCAAAGAGUAUUUGAUUCUUUUCCUCGUUCCUAUGGGUGCCGUCAGGGAUGUAAUAACGACAAUAAGUUCAAUAACCAAAUGA